CAUUUGCCUUACACCUUGCAUUUCCUCAAAUGUAGUGUUUCUCACUGGACAACCCAUAGUUGAUUGCAUGUGUGCAUGGCAACAGUGUCAUUUUAAGGGGGGAAAAACUAAUCCCUUACAGUGCCAGCUAAGGUAGACAUCUUCAAGUGCACUACUGGCUUUGAUUCUGGAAUGGGGUGCUUUCUGUGUGGAGUUUGCAUGUGUUUUGUCCAGGUGUUCUGGGUUGCACCCAGUUUUUAAAGACCAGUUGGCUAGGUUAAUGGCAGCCUAUGAUUAGUCCAGCGUGUGUGUUUGCCCUGUGCCAGACUGCUGUCCAGUCAAGGAUGUAGUCCUGCCUUUACACCUUUUGUCUGACGGUUAAGGCUUUGGCAGAUUUUUUACAUUGCUGCAUAGAAUGUUAUAAUGGAAUUGUUGAUGUAACAUUAGUUCCCCUUGUAAAUACCAUUUAAAAAUAGAAAAACGUUUCUUACAUUUUCGUUUUAGUUUGUAAGAUACAUAUUUCAUCAUCAGUUUUGAUAUGAAUGGUUAGCUGUAAUGUUUAAGUACACAGUCACUGUACACUGUGCUGUUCUUUUCCUGACUAAAUUCUGAAUGUUUAGGUGCUGAUACAAUGGAUGUGGUAUAGGAGAAAAAUCUUUAUCAACGAAAUCGUAUAGUUUGCUCUGCAAGCCCGGGUAUCACUGACUUGAGCCAUCCGAUUGUAGUAACCCUGCGGUUAUGUAUUAAGAUGUGCAAAGUCUAGAUUAUAUUUUGCAUUUGCUAGAUGCAGAAAUCAACACUUUUUCCUGAGUUAAUUUAGCGUUCAGCCUCAAACCUUGGCCGGUCCGCUAUCUGUUUUGCUCCAGUUUUGGCAAGAAACGCUGUCACAGUCCUCCACAUCAAGAAGUCUCUCACACAGAAAAAUAAUUGGUCCAGUUCCUGCUGAGAAGAUGAAAUUCGCUGGGGAAUAUUUUUUUUUUCCUCAGGAAAACUCAACUACCUAUUCGCCGUUCACCGGAUUGUAAUUCUUUGUUAAAAAUGUUUUUUCUUGAUUUCUAAGCGAAAUGUUCCGAGUAUAGCGAGAGUGAAUAUUAUUGACCACAAGCUUUAUUCUUGUCUUUUUCUUACCAUAUAAAACGGCCCUUUUAAAUUAUUUGAGUGCUUGUGGAUCUAAUUAAUGUAUUACAUGUGUACUCUUCAUAAACUUUCAUCUGAAACUUGAUUUCAGAUGUUUGUAAUGUAUAGGCCUGCUUCGUAGACAGUUUCAAAAAUCAAAAUUUUGUUGUUUUAAGAUUCAGCGUCUGCGGAAAUUGAUUUUUAAAAUACAUAUAUGUCAUUAUACGAAUUCUGGCAAAGAAGGAGGUACUUCAACAUCGAACGGAAUGCUCUAACGCAUUAAAGUUGUAUUGCUUCACCACGGUCGGCUUAACAGUCUGUAACUAUACUAGGCUAACUGCGACCUUCAUACUGUAUAUACACACGCAUAUAUAUAGACAGAGAGCGAAUUUAAUUAUAUAAUGUCAAAAAAUACCUUGGAAGCCAAGAGGUAUUUAACGCUUUUCAUUUGGUGAAUGCAUUUUCUAUUAGGUGACUUCUGCGUUUUGAUUCAUAUCGAGUCCUAAGUACCAACAUAAAAUAUUCAUUUGCUACGGGACCGGUAAACACAUCUUUAAAGGUACUGAAUCAUUUCACGCUAUAUCACCAACAUUUUAAGGCAUGAAGUGUGCUGUCAUCUUCUGUAUUUUAAUAAUAAAUUGUUUCACUCAUAAACAUACUUUGCUACUCUUGCUACGUUAAUGGGUAAAUAUUGUUCCCAUUUCCCUCUAUAAUGUGUCACCUAUAAAUUGUUUUUUUUUUAACAGAUUAAAUGCACUAGAAAAAAUGGUUCGCUUUUGCUCUUGGGGAAACCGGUGCGCUAUCUACCAUUUUCAAAUAAUUAAAAAUUCUAGUAAAAUAAACUGAAAAAUAUGUAUUUCAUGCACAUUUAUGUAAAGGCUUUAUGUGUUCAUUUAUGUUUAUAUUUCAUUUAUUGCGUGGGUGGUAAUAUCACAAAUGGAUAAAUAGCACAAGCCUAAUUUAAAAUACUUUGAAAUAUUUGGGUCCACUUUCUAAGAUCGAAUUGUCCAAAACAAAGAACUAUCUUUGAUAGUCACAGAGAGACCCCGUAUCGCGUCUGUGUGCAUCUCUCGCUAUUUGCUAUCUUUGCGAUUAGGACCCAGAUGAUUAUCGUAAUUAAUGUCUGUCUAAUUAAAUUACUGUCAGCAACGAACCAAUAGCAAAAGUCGUUUCAUUAGCAUUGCUGGCAGAAGGAUCAAAAGCAACCUUGUCUGAUUACAGCAUAGUGUCAAUUGGCUAAUCGGCUGUCUAACAAAAACUAGAUCAAACCACGGGAAGGCGUUUUCUUUCAAACUAGAUUUUUGGGGCGUUAAGUUAACCGAGGAGAGGUUUCACAAAGGUUGCGUGAAUCGCUUUUGUUUAAAGAGCUAUGCAGCUGGAGCAUUGCCUCUCACCAUCUAUCAUGCUCUCCAAGAAAUUUCUAAAUGUGAGCAGUAGUUACCCAAACUCAGGCGGAUCUGAGCUUGCCUUGCAGGACCAUCCUAUUAUAUCCUCCACUGACAACCUGGAGAGAAGUUCACCUCUGAAAAAAAUUUCCAGGGGGAUGACGAAUCAGUCAGAGGCAGACAAUUUUCCUGACUCCAAGGACGCACCGGGGGACGUCCAGAGAAGCAAACUAUCUCCUGUUCUGGACGGGGUCUCUGAAAUUCGUCAUAAUUUCGAUGGAUCUGCGGCAGAAAGGUAUCUGCUGUCUCAAUCUAGCCAACCCCAGCCUGCCUCCGCUGCACCUAGUGCAAUGUUCCCUUACCCAAGUCAGCAUGGACCAACGCAUCCAGCUUUCUCUAUUGGAAGUCCGAGCCGAUACAUGGCUCAUCACCCAGUGAUUACCAAUGGAGCAUACAACAGCCUUCUGUCUAACACCUCUCCGCAAGGCUACCCAACUGCUGGAUACCCUUACGCCCAGCAGUAUGGCCAUUCCUACCAAGGAGGACCGUUCUACCAGUUUUCUUCUGCACAGCCUGGGCUAGUUCCUGGUAAAGCCCAGGUCUAUUUGUGCAACAGGGCACUGUGGCUCAAGUUCCACAGGCAUCAAACCGAGAUGAUUAUAACCAAGCAAGGAAGACGGAUGUUUCCAUUUUUGAGUUUUAAUAUUUCUGGACUUGACCCGACGGCGCAUUAUAAUAUAUUCGUGGACGUGAUUUUGGCCGACCCCAACCAUUGGAGAUUCCAAGGAGGAAAAUGGGUUCCGUGUGGCAAAGCGGACACAAAUGUGCAAGGAAACCGGGUUUAUAUGCAUCCAGAUUCUCCUAACACGGGAGCUCACUGGAUGCGGCAGGAAAUUUCCUUCGGGAAACUAAAGUUAACAAAUAAUAAAGGAGCCUCUAACAACACGGGUCAGAUGGUGGUUUUGCAGUCGCUACACAAAUACCAGCCUAGACUGCACGUAGUGGAAGUGAAUGAGGAUGGAACAGAGGACACCAGCCAGCCGGGAAGAGUGCAGACCUUCACUUUCCCGGAGACACAAUUCAUCGCUGUAACGGCUUAUCAGAACACCGAUAUUACGCAACUGAAAAUCGACCACAAUCCGUUUGCAAAAGGAUUUCGGGACAACUACGACACGAUCUACACGGGCUGCGACAUAGACCGUUUGACACCGUCGCCAAGUGACUCUCCUCGCUCCCAGAUAGUGCCGGGUGCUAGAUACGCCAUGGCGGGCUCUUUCCUGCAGGACCAAUUUGUCAGCAGUUAUGCCAAAUCCCGCUUCCACCCUGGCGCUGGGACUGGUCCAGGCACGGACCGCAGCGUCCCACACAGCAACAGCUUGCUAUCCCCGCAGCAAGCAGAGGAGACCGCAGCGGCUUCCCCGCAGAGAUGGUUUGUCACCCCUGCCAACAACCGACUGGACUUUGCCGCCUCGGCAUACGACGCUGCCGCCGCCGCUGAUUUUGCUGGCAACGCAGCUACUCUUCUGUCUUACGCAGCUGCCGGAGUUAAGGCUCUACCGCUGCCGACGGCGGGCUGCUCAGGUAGACCCCUGGGUUAUUACACAGACCCCUCGGGCUGGGGGGCGCGCACUCCACCGCAGUACUGCAGUAAAUCGAGCUCCGUGCUUUCCUGCUGGCCCACCAACAGCACAGGCAGCAGGACUGGCGCCUCAAACUCAUAUCUCGGGGAAGAAGGGGACAGCCUUGCAACAGAACGCUCUCCGCUAGGGGGGUCCGAAGACACCAAACCCAAAGACCUGUCGGAAUCAAGCUGGAUAGAGACUCCUUCUUCCAUUAAGUCCAUCGACUCCAGCGAUUCGGGGAUUUUUGAGCAGGCAAAACGGAGGCGGAUUUCACCUUCUGCCACGCCGGUUUCUGAAACUGCCUCCCCACUGAAAAGCGAGGUGUUAACGCCAAGGGAAUGUGAGAAGAACUGUGCAAAGGACAUUGGUUACUAUAGUUUCUACUCGCAUAGCUAGAAGCUGAAACAGGAGGGAAAAAACUGUUAAGAAUAGCAGUACUGGCUGAAACAAAUCAGGAAACAUCAAAACCUUGCUAAGUGUGAAUUGUGAAACCUACAAGCUUGAUUUUUUAUUUUACGUUUCCUGGGACCAUAUUUAUCAAGCUGUAUAGUUAUAAUUAGCAUUUUACUAACAAAAUAAGGCCUGGUAUAGCAUUAGACCGAAGUGUUUGGCUGUAGAAACGUUGCUGGAUCUGGAGUUGCCCAAUUGUCACGCAGUUAACACUGUUUUGAAGUCACAGGACCAUGUGACAACACCGAAACUUGAUACAUCGUCUUAAUGCAGUAGAUUUCAUAUUUUGAAUUGUAUCCAAUACAGUGCCAAAUAGGAAUGUUUUAUAGAAAAUGCCAAAAUACUGCUGACCUGCAAGUGUUUCCCAGUCGAGCUCUUUUUUAAAAAUGUGUAUGUCAUUGUAAUUAUGAGAAGAAAUGUACAGACAUAUGUAGCUGUUAGUGAUAUUGUAUCGUGUGGAAGUAUGUACAUUUUACUGUAUUGCAUUUUGAUAUUUCAAAAUGAGCAUUAUAAAGACUAAUUGCUACUCAGCAAUUGUCUAUGGUCACAAGAGUGAUGUGUAUUGGUUUUCCUGUUAAAUGAACUGUACAAGGUCGUAAGAGUAUUUAGACUUCCUAGUAGCAAACCGCAUUUUUAAAGUCUAUUUAUGCCCUAAUUUAAUAGGCUCAUUUUCUUUUUAAAACGUUAAAUGUUUGUUAGAUUAUUAGGGUGGGGGAAGGUAGUGUGUAAUUAUAAGCGAUAUUUCACAGUUGUUCUUGGUUGUACAAUAAUUUGACAAUACCUUGAACUUGUCUUCAAAUUUUAUUAACUCAUCAAGUCUGUGAAGUAUACAUUUUGUACUUCCCAAUAUUUACUUUGUGUACAUGUUUGUUUAUUGGUAAACUGUUGUAUAUGUUGUUAUGGUGAAAACUUGUACAUUUUUACUCAAUUAAAAAAUCUUUAAAUGUAACGUGUGACGUUUCGGGGUCAUGUAGCCUCUGCAAGUAAGAUAUUUCGCAUUACCAUGUGAUAAAAAAUACUUUAUUACAAUCACAAAACCCCAUCGAAAUGCUAUUGAUUUUUUUAAUUGCCUCUUUCACGCCUUUUAAUUCUAAAGCAUCUAAAUCGCGAUGAUUUGCAAUUACAGGGGCUUGUUAAGAAUUCUUUCAGCAUUUCAUUUGAACUACAGGAAAUGUAAUCGUUAACAUGAAAAAAAGAAUGAUGACAGCAGCUAAAAUUUUAGACCACAAACUUUAACAUUUUAUAAGUAGGACUAGAUAUCUAUUUCUUGCAAAUGACCUAUUGCGUAUUUAUUGGUGCUACAGUAUGGCUAAUCAAUCUAAAACCAACGGAUGUUAGAUGUCUUCGCGUCACUACCAACGUGUAGCAAGCUAGUUGAUAAAAAUGGCCUUCUUAUUAUUAAUCAUUUUUAUGGUCUUAAUAUCUGUAUUUGAAGGGAAGUUCGUUUUCUUAUCGUGCUGUUACCGAAGAAACGGGAAAUAUUUUCAAUAAUGAUGCUUAAUGCUUUUUUAAACUAGACAUGUAAAUUGUGCUAUGCAUUCUACGAAUUAUGUCUGAAUCUAUUUUAUACCAGUUUAAUAUUAAAUUGUAAGGGAAGACAACAUUUCAGUAGAGGAAAGAUACAGGCGCCAAUAAAAUAGGUUGAUAAAACUAAACUCACUGGAAUUCCUCAAACUAACUUUUUAAAUAAAUGGAAAAGAAAAUAUUACCAACUGGAGGAGUUGGUAUUACACGAAACUCAAUAUGCUCAAAAUAAUCCCUUGUCCGUGCCACAGACCUUUAAUGUCCAAACAUUAGCAGCCUAUUUAAGACUAUUCUGCUGCGCAGUUAUUGUGUCAUCACCACUGAGAGAUCAACACCAAGAAAUCGUUUUUAAUGCGUAUUUUAUGAGAUGGAGACUGUAUUUUAGCUAUCUAUGUUUAAAUUGUUUCACACGUUUCAUAACAGCGGGUACAAUUCUCUGUGGGCAUCUUCUAUUUUUUUAUCCCUGCUGUUGUUAACUUUGUUCCAAUUCCUGUUAAUUUAAAAAAUUUAAAUUGUGUUUCCAUGUUGUCACAUUUUGAUAAAUGAAACGUUGUUUCGCUACUGCCCUUCUCUCCUCUAGGUGGCCUGUAGUUAAACUGUUACAUAAUUGCGAGGUGUGGACGCUGUUGAAUGAGUUGUACUGUAGGUGUUUAUGCACAUUGAUUGCUCUUCAUUGUAUUUGCCAAGGUAUGUCUUUUGUCUGGUUUCUAUUGCUCGGACUCCAGAAAAUCCUUAAUGGAAAUGCACUCGUAUAUUUGGGUCUUGGUUACAGGAAAUUCGCCAUAAAGGCGAAGUGAUUCAUUUUAAGGAUAAUAUAAAACAAUUUCUUCAAACCCAUGGCCACAAAUAUCAGUCGAAAUCCACCUUUUGUAAACUCUACAUUGAAUAUCAAUGCUGUUCAAUCAAAGCUAAAUGUUGAGUUUGGAACUUUAAAACCAGUAA